AUGUUCAACAUCGCUCGCAGCCGGGUUGCGGCCUCGGCUCUGCGCUCGUCCAAGACAGCGCUUGCCCCCUCUACCAGAUUCCCGGGUGUUGCCCAACAACAGCGGAGAAACCUAAGUAUCCACGAAUAUCUCUCAGCCGACCUCCUGCGACAGUAUGGCAUUGGUGCACCCAAAGGUUCCAAUGCGUCCACCGCCGCCGAGGCCGAGAAGAUCGCAAAGGAGAUUGGCGGCGAAGACAUGGUCAUCAAGGCCCAGGUGCUGGCUGGUGGCCGAGGAAAGGGCAGCUUCGACAACGGCCUGAAGGGAGGUGUGCGCGUUAUCUACUCGCCCACCGAGGCCAAGAUGUUCGCCAACCAGAUGAUCGGACACAAGCUCAUGACCAAGCAGACUGGUGCGGCUGGCCGCCUCUGCAACUCCGUCUACAUCUGCGAGCGCAAGUUCGCCCGCCGCGAAUUCUACCUCGCCAUUCUGAUGGACCGCGGGUCGCAGGGCCCCGUCAUCGUCUCCUCGUCUCAGGGUGGUAUGGACAUUGAAGGCGUCGCCAAGGAGAACCCCGAUGCUAUCAACACCACAUACAUCGAUAUAAACACGGGUGUGACGGACGAUAUCGCUCGUGACAUUGCGACAAAGCUUGGUUUCAGCGAACAGUGCAUCGAGGACGCCAAAGACACAAUCCAGAAGCUGUACAAGAUCUUCCGGGAGAAGGACGCCACCCAAAUCGAGAUCAACCCUCUGUCCGAGACCUCAGACCACCAGGUUCUGUGCAUGGACGCCAAGUUCGGGUUCGACGACAAUGCUGAGUACCGACAGAAGGAGGUCUUCUCGUGGCGCGAUACCACGCAAGAGGACGCCGAGGAGGUCCGGGCUGCCGAGUCUGGCCUCAACUUCAUCAAGCUGGACGGUGACAUUGGCUGCCUCGUCAACGGUGCCGGUCUUGCCAUGGCCACCAUGGACAUUAUCAAGCUGAACGGCGGCCAACCCGCCAACUUCCUCGACGUCGGUGGCGGUGCUACCCCUGCCGCCAUCAAGGAGGCCUUCGAGCUUAUCACCAGUGAUCCCAAGGUUACUGCUAUCUUUGUCAACAUCUUCGGUGGUAUCGUGCGAUGCGAUGCCAUUGCUCACGGUCUCGUUAACACCGUCAAGGCUCUGAACCUCAAGGUGCCCAUCAUCGCUCGUCUGCAAGGAACCAACAUGGAGAUGGCCCACGAGAUCAUCAACGAAUCUGGAAUGAAGAUCUUCUCCAUUGACGACCUGCAAAGCGCCGCCGAGAGAUCGGUGCAACUUUCCAAGGUGGUGAAGAUGGCUCGGGAUAUCGAUGUCGGUGUAGAAUUCAGCUUGGGUAUCUAA